AUGAGAAAACAAAUGGAGAAUCCAAACAAAGAUUUAAUGGAAGCUAAUCCAAGAAAACUAAGAGUUUAUUGUUUCAUAUGGCUGCUAAUAUGUAUAUCUGUGUUGAUUCUUUGUGCAUUAUUAUCCAGAGCAGAAGAAAAAGUCGUAAUUAGCGAUGUUGCUGAUGAUAAUAUGCCAAGGAUUUACUCCGUUUUGGUUGAAGGUGAAUCGUUGGCUUUUCGUGAUCGUGCUAACAUCAACAGAAAAAUUGUGGGACUUGAAGCAAAGAAGAUAGAAGAGAUUCACAACAAAAUUCUUGGAAGCACACUUGGAAAUGGAAGUUAUACAAAGCUUUAUAGCUUCAAACAUAUCAUCAAUGCUUUCGCUGUCCGUACUACUCCGUCUCAGGCCAAGAAACUGAUGAAAGCAAAAGGAGUGAAGGCAGUGGAAGAAGACAAAGGAGUGAAACUAAUGACAACUUACACUCCUGAUUUCUUGGAACUCCCUCGAGAUGUCUGGCCAAAGAUCUCCAGCGACGGCGACAGACGUGCCGGAGAAGAUAUCGUAAUCGGUUUCGUGGACACCGGAAUCAACCCUACUCAUCCGAGCUUCUCCGCAUUCAAUCCCACCAACCCUUUCUCAACAAAUCUCUCACGUUUGAAUUUCUCCGGCGACUGUGAGACCGGUCCUCUCUUCCCCGCAGGAUCUUGUAACGGAAAAAUCAUCUCCGCAAGGUUCUUUUCCGCCGGAGCUCGAGCUUCCGUCGCUCUCAACAGCUCCUUGGAUAUACUCUCUCCGUUCGAUGCGUCCGGUCACGGAAGCCACGUGGCGUCGAUCGCAGCCGGAAACGCAGGAGUUCCGGUGAUCGUAGACGGGUUCUCCUACGGCCGAGCCAGUGGUAUGGCCCCACGUGCACGAAUAGCCGUUUACAAGGCGAUUUACCCAUCAAUCGGAACUCUUGUCGACGUAAUUGCUGCCAUCGACCAAGCAAUAAUGGACGGCGUAGAUGUGCUGACACUGUCGGUGGGACCGGACGAACCACCGGUGGGUAAACCGACGGUGCUCGGGAUAUUUGACCUCGCAAUGCUAUUGGCUAGAAAAGCAGGAGUCUUUGUGGUGCAAGCAGUAGGGAAUCAUGGCCCAUCACCGUCUUCCGUGCUGUCUUAUAGUCCGUGGGUACUUGGCGUCGCCGCCGGGAAUACGGACCGGUCUUAUCCUGCUUCUCUCAUCCUCGACGGUGGCCAGACCGUUCAGGGCGUCGGACUUUCAGGUCCAACUCUUGGAGCUCCCUUCCUUCAACACAGGCUAGUCUUAGCCACAGACGCAGUAAGAACAAACGGAUCGGUUCUACAAACCUCAAUCAUAGACAUCGAAGAAUGUCAACGACCGGAGUAUUUCGAUCCGGCAAAGGUUUUUGGAAGUAUUGUGAUCUGUACGUUCUCUGACGGUUUCUACAAUCGGAUAUCUACCGUCCGAGCCAUCAUCCAUACCGCAAAGUCUCUUGGGUUCAUGGGUUUCAUACUCAUUGCAAACCCUAGAUUUGGCGACUAUGUUGCAGAACCGGUUAUAUUUUCGUCUCCCGGCAUUUUAAUCCCGAAAGUAUUAGAUUCCCAGAUGAUCUUGAGGUACUACCAAGAGAAAACUUACAGAGACGAGAAAGGAUUGGUGACGCAAUUUGGGGCACGAGCCAGAAUCAGCGAUGGCCGAAACUCGAUCUUAGCCGGAGAAGCACCGGUGGUGAGCAGAUUCUCCUCGAGAGGGCCUGCUUUUCUCCAUACAAAUGGGGAUCUUUUAGAUGUGCUUAAGCCAGAUAUUCUUGCACCUGGUCACCAAAUAUGGGGAGCCUGGAGCCGUCCUAGUGUCUUUGAUCCCAUUUUCACAGGACAAAACUUUGCAAUUUUAUCAGGUACGAGCAUGGCAACUCCUCAUAUAGCAGGAAUCGGUGCGCUGAUAAAACAACUAAAUCCUUCUUGGACACCGGCUAUGAUUGCCUCGGCCAUUUCCACCACGGCCAACAAAUAUGCUAGUUCCGGUGAAAAAAUAUCAGUGGAGUCUUAUGAUAUUGGCACAUUGUUUCCGUCUAAUCAUUUCGAUCAUGGUGCUGGCCAUGUUAAUCCUGCUAGAGCCAUAAACCCCGGGUUGGUUUUACCCACAGGCUUUCAAGACUACAUCAGUUUCUUGUGUUCACUGCCAAACAUUGACCGGAUUAGGAUUCGAGCCGCCACCGGAGUCGGGUGCACCACCGUGCUUAGCCAUCCGGCAAAUCUUAACCAUCCAUCAGUGACUAUAACUGCACUUAAAGGGUCACUAGUGGUGAGAAGAAGUUUUCAAAACGUCGCCAACAAGACCGAGACAUAUCUUGGUUCGGUUUUAGCUCCCAAUGGUACAUCCGUACGAUUGAUCCCAUCUUGGUUUACUAUACGGGCACAGAAUAUCCAAAACAUAGACAUCGAGUUUAAUGUCACGGAAGCCCUAAACCAAUUUACAUUUGGUGAAAUCGUUCUCACUGGAAGCUUAAACCAUAUUGUAAGAUUACCGUUGUCGGUUAAGACCAUACCAGUUUGAAUAACAUGUCCCUUUUUACAACUUCUGAACUUCGAACUUGUAAUGUGUCGGAACCAUUUCGUUGAUUUCUUUAAUGAAUCUCAGAGUCAUUAAUGCUAUUUACAAGAAUCUCAGUGGGAGACAGAUUUAUCAAGAUUUUAAGAAUAUUUGUGGAUUUCAGAAGUAAAGAGAUUGUAAAAAUUUUCAAAGAUUUGUAUGGAAUGUAAGAGUUAUGUUCA